GCUAAUGUCAUUGGAGCAGUUGGCUCAGUCUGAAAUGAAAAUUCAAUUACUUUUCCCCCCGAAACAAGUUGAGUGGAAAAUAAAACUGCAUGAAAAUAUGGAUAGGCUUAUUGGAGCCCUCAAUGGUAUUCAGUCUUCAAGAGAGAGUUUACGAACCAUUGAAACUAGUCAUGGAGUAUUUUCUUUCCAGAGGUGGUUUAUCUCUAUAAGACAAAGGAUUCUGGAGUGUACUCUAGAUAUUCUUAAGCUUUGUGGAAAUUAUGAAAUCCAAGUAGAAAAGAAUAUGCAAAUAUCCUUUCGGUUAUUGAAGAUAGCACGAGAGCUCGAUCUAAUAACUUUGUUUUCGUCCUUAGAAAUGAAUAAGAGAAAUUUGGAGAUCUUCCAAGCACUUGCACUAAGUUGUUCUAUGUUGGCUUUCACCACUGGAUUUUCUCUGUCGUAUUCUAACAUUACCGAUGGUUCAGAAAAUUUGGAUAAUUUAAAUGGUACAUUAGCUCAUGACUUAUUCUGCCGCUUGGAACUUGUUGAAGGGGAAGCCAUAAAAGAACUCGGCUCACUUUUGAGGAUUUAUGGGCCAACCAAAUGUUUUUCUUUUCUGCAUUCGCGGAAUCGGGUCUCAAGUAGUAAUGGCGAUGCAAAAGGCUUAAUUAAGAUUUGUGGUGAUGCAGUUACAGCUGUUGUUGGCAUGGUAUUUAAAACCAACCCAGGAAAUGAUGGAACUAGUCGCCAGAUUCCAUCGGAUGGCUUGCAACUUCUGUUGGAUACAAUAGCAAAAUGGAUGCACAUCCCUUUUCGAAUGCCCAAGCGGUUUUUUCAAAUGAGGCCUUUCAUUUCUUGUGAACUCUUUGCCUCAAGUUCAACUAAAUAUCAGGAGGAGAUUUCAGUCAAGCAAGGCUUCCAUUUAUCGCUAAAUCUAUGCAUCCAGUUGAAGAACAUUCCAGAUAAUUCUUCUCUCCGUCUGACCAAACUUUAUUGUAUCCUUCAAUGUAAAUCAUCCUCUCGUGUCUUGAACCGACAUUCAGAGGAGCAAAUGGAGGUGGAUGGACCAGAAUACGAGGCAGAUGACAUGGUAGAUUUGAACGACAAGUUAUUUCAGCAUAUUGUAAACGAAAGCAAUAGGAAUAGUGGCGAAACAAACAAGAAAAAGAGUGACGACGAAGAUGUAUUUAUCGUGGAAACAGUUGUGUCCUUUGAACCUAAUGAGAGUGGGAUUGGCUUCUCCGCUUGCUUGUUUGAUGUUUCAAAUUUUGGUGUUGGAUUUUAUAGGAUUAAAUGGCAUAGCUGUUGUUUAGACAGUGAAGAUUCUUGUUGGAGCCUUUUCCCUCUAAAUCCUUCUCUUGAUUUUACAGUUGUUCAAGAAAUUAAUCAAUAA